CGAAAUUUUACCCUACUAUUAGGAUUUAUUUUUCAUUUAUGGCAUGAUUUCUAUUUUUAUCAAAUUUUAAUUAACUACAACCAUUCUGAUAAGAAAAAAUGCAAUUUUAGUGUAAGUUGGAGUAAUAGUUGAAUCGAAGAAAUACUUACCCAAUCGGAGGUUACCGACGGAAUACAUAGCAUCUCUGCCGCCGUCAACUGCCGGAACUGUAAUUCCAAACCUCGCAAGGCUCGAUCUAGAUCUGGAUAUCUGCGGCAAAGCUGAGGAUCAGACGGAGAUCCUGUCGGUUCGGGUCAGGUUUGAUUAGAGUAAAUCUACUCUACUUCUUCUCUCAAAAUAUAACAUGAGAAGUGGGCUGAAACGACUUCCUUUUCGGGGUGCUGAUUAGCUUCCCAUACAUACUUUUGCGAAAAUCUGCUUAAACUUUGGGAUUUCUUUGAUGGAUGCGCACAUAGGCGAAGCUCUAAGAGCCAAGGCAAAUGCCGAAAUGAGAUUUGCUGAGAAGGACUUUGUGGGUGCAAAAAGUUUUGCUCUGAAAGCUCAGAUGAUGUGCCCUAGUUUAGACGGCAUAGCUCAAAUGGUGGUAACUUUUGGAGUUUACAGUGCUGCAGAGGUGAAAAUUAAUGGAGAGGUUGAUUUAUAUGGCAUCUUGGGAUUGGACUCCUCUGCAAAUAGGUCUUGUAUUAAGAAACAGUACAAGAAGAUGGCUUUUCUGCUUCACCCCGACAAGAACAGAAGUCUUGGAGCUGAUGGGGCAUUUAAGCUUGUUUCUGAGGCAUGGGCUAUACUAUCUGAUAAUGCUAAAAGAAGAUCUUAUGAUCAUAGGAGAAAUUUGUACUCUCCACAUACUUUUUGGACCGUCUGUUCCACCUGUCAAGUUCAAUAUGAGUAUCUUAGGAAGUACCAAAACAAGAAACUCACUUGUAAGAACUGUCGUGGUGUUUUUACUGCUUACGAAACGGGCUUGGGCCCAGUGAACGGCAUUUAUCCAUACUGUACCUGGGUCCAAAGCCGUGAGAAUGGGCAUCGGAACGGCCAUGGACAUGAGUCAGAAUAUGCUUCCAAUAUAUCCUUUCAGCGGGUCUCCGGGAACUCUUCUGGUGGCACUGGAGAGAAAGAUCACUUGAAACAUAGGACCACCAAGCGUGGUAGGCCUGCUAAGGUGAGGAAAGUUGAAUUUGAAGGAAAAAACAAUAAUUUUCAAAUGUCUUCUCCUAUUCUCACCGAAGCAGGAAUUGCCAAUUCUAAGAUUACUUCUGUAUUUGAGGCUGUUUCCAAACGCUCACUUGCCCCUGUGUAUGAUUCGAGACAGUUACUAAUUGACAAGGCUAGAACAGUAAUUCGCAAGAAGUUGGAAGAGAUAAAGCUGGAAGAUGAGAAGAAAAAAUCCAUCAGUGAAAGUGGUGGGGAAUUCAGUAACAGACCCAAAAGACAGCAAUCAGGGAUAAGGAAAUUGGGGCCCACAACAAUAACAGUUCCGGACUCUGAUUUCCAUGAUUUUGACAAAGACAGAGCAGAAGAAAGCUUCAGACCUAAACAAAUAUGGGCUUUAUAUGAUGACGAAGACGGAAUGCCACGUUUGUAUUGUCUAGUCCGCGAAGUCCUCUCUCUAAAACCAUUCAAGAUCCACAUCAGCCACUUAAACUCGAAAUCUGACAGUGAAUUUGGGGCAGUGAAUUGGCUGUGCUCUGGUUUUACAAAAUCAUGUGGACAUUUCAGGGCAUCCAACUCCGAAAUCAUUGACCAGGUCAACGUUUUCUCUCACCUUCUCGCUAGGGAGAAGGCACGCAGGGGAGGGUGUGUUAGAAUAUUUCCUAAACGUGGGGACAUUUGGGCGGUGUAUAGUAACUGGUCACCAGAUUGGAACAGGUCAACCCCGGACGAAGUCAGGCACCAGUAUGAGAUGGUGGAGGUGCUGGAAGACUAUUCUGAAGAACUAGGUGUGUGGGUUGCUCCUAUGGUCAAAGUUAAUGGAUUCAAGACUGUUUACAAAAGAAAUGGUGACAAGGAGGCUAUUGUUUGGAUACAGAAAAGAGAGAUGUUGCGUUUUUCACAUAUGGUUCCCUCCUUUUUACUGAAAGGCGGGGAAGGUGGGACCACCACCGUAACAAAAAAGGCUCCACAGGGAGAUUGCUGGGAUCUUGAUCCUGCUGCUAUCCCUGAUUUUCUUCUUCAAAAUGCAUCUGAUGAAGAACUCUUUGAGAAUAAAACGGAAUUAUGUCCCCAAAUAGAGCAUUGUGGACAAAUGAACCCUGUUAUUUCAACUCUGCAUAAUAGAGAAAAACAUUGCCAAACAGAGCAUAUCAGUUCAGCACUGUGCACCACGGUAUAGGCUGAAAGCAAAGCAAACCUUUGAGGGAAAGGAGAGAGAUGAUCGGAAUCAUUUAAUCACAUUAUUAUAAGUCUAACAGACAUUCAGAUGAAAGUUGUACAGAUUUGAAGUUUGAACACACAUAGCUGUGAGGAUCAUAAGUGACCAGUGUAGCAUGUGAGGCCCCUAAGAUUGAGUCGGCUCUACAUACUCUUCAUGUUUGUGCAACCUUGUAAUAGUUAUAUAUUUAUAUUUAAAUUUAUCCCUCUUUUUUUUUAGUUUUUUACUGACUUAAAUGUAUGGUAGCAGUUAUCAGGCAUGGACGGUAGGAUGAACUUUUUUUGUUGUGCUUUUGAUCUGAGGUGAUUUCAAAAAUUCCACGUAACACUGAAUAG